AUCUGUACCAUGCAAGAAGAACCAGAGACAAGAGACACAUCUCGUCUUGAUCCGUCUGUCGACAGUCACAGACCUGCAACAGGAAAGUCACAGGAUAUUUCUCAUGUGUUAGCAAGCAUUUUUAAGGAUCUAUACACAAAAGACAUCAUGGGGAAAGACAUUCUGUCCAACCUCAUAAAGACAAAGAAUGGACGAAGCAGCUACCAUGACAGAUACGUUGAAGAGCUCCAACAGGCUCAUUCUGAAUACAGCCGGUGUAUAAAAGAGGCUGACAUGCUGGAGAGUCAUAUAAUUCAGGCCAGAGCUCGGGCUGCAGCCACAGAAAGCCAGGCCUAUGAGAGAAUGAAGGAGGAGAUGGGAGAUGCUUAUGAUCACCUGGGCCUCCGCACAGUCAAUUCAGCCUUUCCCUGGUGUGUAGACAAAGAUCUUCUCCAAAUGAACAACCUGAUUUCCCCCCAGGACUACUUACCUACACAAAAAACGCGAGUGGGCCCACCAGCAAUAAUAAAAUCCAAUCCUGCCAAACCUACCAUCGCCUACGCCAUGCACGUGUCCAGGGAGCCUCAGGAUGAUGGUUAUACUCUAAUGCCCAGCCCAGAAAAGAUUGUCCCACAAAUGAAUAAGUUGGAUCGCAGCCUGACUCUCGAAUCCACCUCAGAUACCCCAAAGAGGAAGAAAACUCCCAAGGAGAGGCCCAACCAGACCAAAACUAGACCAAAGCGGAAGGAUGAGCCAAGUGCAAAAGAUCGGGCAGAGGGACGGGAAAGACUUCAGAAGCUGAAAGAUCGCCACAACUUCCGACGCAAUCCUCGCUUCCUUCCUCCGAAUGCACCGCAGGGAAGCACAUCCCUCAUCCAUCCCAAAACAAAAGUGGGAAAGAUGGAGCAUGAAAGGAAAGAGAUGGAGAAGCAAAGCUCAACUGAAAAUCCUGUCCCAACCUUUCUAGCAAAUCCUUCAGAGGUGGUUUUCACUGACUACAGUGUGGGAAAGGUUUAUGAGACUACGCUUGAGCUGAAAAACUUGACUUCUGUGAGCCGCACUGUCCGAGUCAUCCCUCCUGCCACUCCUUACUUUUCUAUUGGCCUGGGGAGAUUUCCUGGUGAGGGUGGUGUUGUUGCCCCAGGGAUGAGUUGCAAGUACACAGUGCUCUUCGCUCCAGACUCCUUGGGGCACUAUAAGGACUGCAUAACGGUUGAGGCAUAUGCUGGUCACAUGAUGACGGUGCUCAUCGCAGCCAGAAGAUCCCCUCCAGUACUCACAUUACCAAGAGUUCUGGACUGUGGUUAUUGUCUUAUCGGAGGAGUAAAAUUUGUUGAGUUCUUGUGCCAAAAUGUGAGCGUCAGCGCCGGGACCUUUUGCAUCAUCCCCAAGAACCAGUGGCCAGCCUCGAACCUCAGGUCUGUGGCAAGAACAUACUUUUCUGAGCAGCCACCAUUUGCAUUCAGCCCGUCUCUUUUUGUGCUGCAGCCAGGAGAGGCCACUGUAGUGGAAGUGGUGUUCUUCCCCACCACUGCUGAGAGGAGCUGUCAGGUGUUCACUGUUGUGUGUGACAACUGCCAGGUGAAAGACAUUUCCAUCAAAGGUGAGGGCCAGCUGAUUGCAGUUGAGCUUGCAUCUGUAUCUGGGAAGGAGGAGCGUCCUGUGGUGGGAGAGGAGCAUGACCUCAUUGCAGAGCAUUGUGUCCGUUUCAGCCCGUGUAACCCUCACUCAGUGCAACAGAAGAGACUCAUCAUUAGAAACAAUGUCCACUUGGAGCUGCCUUUCCACUGGCAGAUCAUGAAGCCAAACCUGCGACUAUUUCCUCCAGGGGAAACCCCAGAGCCCGCCCAUUUCCAAUUCCACCUGGCCACAGAUGAUGUUUUCCACGUCAGCCCCCAAACAGGAGUUCUGGCCCCCUGCCAGGAUCAAGAGUUUCUAUUAACCUUCUGCCCUAAAGAAUUGAAGGUUCACCACAGUGUCUGUCACUUAGUCCUGAGGGAUGUCCCCCAGCUGCCGCCAGAGCCCCCUGACAAUGGUGUCCUUCAGCCUGUGCGCAUUGGGUCCAAGGUGGGCGAUGUCAUCGUCAUGGAUAUAGAGGUCAAGGGGUCAUCAGAGCCAUACCAGGUCCUACUGGAGCCUUAUGCUGUUGUUAUCCCCGGAGAUAUUUUUAUUUGCUCCACCACCCGAAGGCAAUUCAAGAUGUGGAACCACAGCAAAACCUGCAUCUUUUUUCAAUGGGAGCGAAUGAGCAGCAGCAGCCACAUAAUUGAAGUAGAGCCCUCUGCUGGUAGCAUAGAGGAAAACGAGUGUUUCGACUUCGACCUGAUUUUGAGUGGAGGGAAACCAGAGAAGGUUGUGACCAGUCUGGUUUGCCACAUAGAGCACCACCACAAGCCCGUCACCUUGGCAGUUGAAGUCUCUUUUAAGGGUCCCAUAGUGACCCUCAGUGUUCCCAGUGUGGAGUUUGGGCUCAUGAAGCUCGGGGAGCAGACUCAGACCACUCUGCUCCUCACUAACACCACCCAGCUGGAGGCUUCCUGGACGCUGAAGGAGAGGCGUAACAAUCAGCAGGACCACCAGGACAAACAGCUCUCAGUGGAACCGAGCAGAGGUGUGCUGCCCCCCUUGGCCUCCUGCAGUGUAGAUGUGCUAUUUAGUCCCAAAUUCUGCCAGCGAUAUGAAACAGAGCUGGAGUUGACGGUGGAGAAUGGAACAGGAUGUCACCUGUCUGUGCGAGCAGAUGUGCAGUCUCCACAGGUGUGUCUGCUGAACUGUGAGCUGCUCUUCUCUGAACUCUACAUUGGAGUUCCUGCCAAGGCAACCGUCACUCUCUUCAACCAGACCCUGCUGCCUGCACACUUCAGCUGGAUGGCUCAGCUCCAGGGUAAACAGGCUGAAUUGUGUACAGCCAGUUUUGACCCCUCUUCUGGCACUCUGGGACCAAAUGCCAGUUUAGAGAUCACAGUUAAUUUCAUCUCUCACACAGAUCUGGAUCUGACUGAGGUGGCUGCUCUCUGUGAGGUCAAGGAGAUGAACUCUCCUCUUGUAGUUGGCAUCAUGGCUUCCAAAACCAAGAAACUCAGUGUGUCCUACUCACUGCCCAGUGUCUGCUCUCCGCGAGAUGACCAGAGCCCCUCAACACUGCUGCUUGACUUUGGAGAUGACGUCAUUUUGAACAGAGCCGUUACUAAGCAGUUAUUGAUAACCAAUCAAACUGCUAUCCCUGCACCUUUCCACAUAGAGGCAGAUUAUUUCACCUGCCAUGCCUCAAAGCCCAAUAACCAGUCAGAGAAAAGAUCGACAUAUGUCAAGAAGCCACUUCACUCUGUUCAAGCUCAGAAAGUAGAAGAAAAAGCACUCAAGGAGUUUGUGAGCAGCCUGCUGGCUCACGGGAAAGGUGCAGCUUUCUUUGUCCUACCAGACACUGGGAUGCUCGGACCUUUUCAGACCCAGACUGUGGAUGUCACUGCCUACACGGACAUGUGGGGGGAAUACAGAGAUCACCUCAUAUGCAAAGUGGGGGACCUCGAGCCCACUCUCAUUCCCAUGCAGAUGACUGUUACAGGCUGCCCACUCUACUUCCAAAUGACAGGCCCACGUCCAGACAACCAGAACCAGGGACCAAUAACACAGUUUGGCACUCAUGUAUCUGGAGGUGACACGGUGUCUCGUUCUCUUCGCAUCAACAAUCCCACCAUGUUUGAUAUUCGCAUGGACUGGGAGACAUAUAACAUAGAUCCGAAUGACCAUAAACUGGUGGAUCUUGUGGUGGCAUACGGAGACGCCUUUCCAGUUAAAGAUGCUGACGGCAACGAGAUGUUAAGCGAAGCAUUAAGGAUUUCUGGUGGGAACGUUCAACCAUCCUGGAUGAGAAAUACGACCCCAGGUUCUGGGGGGACGAGCUCCUCCCUCUGCAGCACGACUAGCGGGGAAGGGGAGGAAUAUGUAUCCGAGGAUGACUGUGAGGAAGAAGAAACCCGUCUUUAUCCCUCUCCUGUGAAGAAAAAACUCAUCUCUGUUCACAUCAGACCUCAUGUGGGCAACCUCUCGGAUUACCCAUACUGCAUCACACCCCAGCAAAUAGUGAUUCCAGCAAAGAGCAGCAGCACCAUCCAUGUGUCUUUCACUCCUUUGACUCUUAACGGUUCAGGUUGUGAGUCCAGAUGUGUGGGCCUGGCUCUGGGCUUCAUGAGUCUAGACUCUGAGAUGGCCGCCUGUGUCCCGGGUAAAGUUGGAAGAGCUCAGGGUUUGGAUUUGGAGCCUGUCAGAAUGGAUCUACUAGCUGUCGUUAAGCCUGCAGUGCUGUUGGUGCAGAUGGAGGAAGAUGAGGGGGUGCUGGAGUUUCAUGCCUCAGCCGGUGAUUUACUGAAGGCAGAAUCAGAGGAGCUGGUAGUUCGUGAAUUUGACACCACACAGGCCUUUCAGCUGAGAAACAACUCAGAAAUGCCCCUUCACUUCAGACUCGGGACUCAGCCUCCCUUUAGAGUGCUCAAGCAGCAGCAGCCUCGAGUCCGGACCGGCACCUCCAGCAACCCACCUACUGGUGACAGCCAGUCUUUGGUGCUGCACCCAAAGCAAAGCAUGAAGGUGAAGGUGGCCUUCCACUGCUCCCUGUCCCUUCUGGACCAUGCAGACCAGGCAGGUGAGGAAGUCCCUCCUGGGGUGACGCUGAUCCAUCGUGCAAGAGAGGAAAGGAAGCUGAGGUUCCAGCAAAACCUCCUGAUUCACUACAGCAACAACAGCCUGCAGACAGUGCCUCUCUGUGCCCAUUUGGAUCUUGCUACCAUGCGUCUGUCCAGUGACAGCAUCGACUUUGGGUUCUGCUACGUUGGGCAGACACAGAUAAAAGAAGUCAACCUCUACAGACACGGAGCCCACACUUACUGGAAAUCAGUUUUAGAGUCUGAUGAAGGAGACUCCCAUGUGUUCAGAGUGACACCAGACUUUGGGCUCCUCAGGUCAAAGGAGCUCCACGUCAGCAGCUGCAGCCAGUGUCUCCAGAUCAGCUUCACUCCCAGUGAGAACCGAGAGUUCAGGGCCAUCGUGGUAAUCCAGUCCCCUCUGGUGAAGACCCCCCUCACUCUGCAGCUCCUUGGAACAGGAUCCUUUGAUGAAGUGUACAGAUCGAACUAGAUGUCCUUAAAACAUCAGAGUCACACAAUCAC